CUCAAACCAUUGAACUGCUGGUCAUGUUUUGCAGUAUUUGGAGGAAAAAGGACACAAUUCUUACGUGGAAUCGUCAAACAGUGAAAUCCUGAGUCCUGAUGUCUGAAUCCACGUUGUAUCUGGUGUUUGUUUUCUUCAGCACGUUCACACUCAGUCUCCAGUCACCAGUAUUUAUUGAUCACAGCAAUGCUGCGAGAGUGCUGAGACAUCGACGAGCAAACCAUUUCCUGGAGGAAAUAAAACCUGGAAAUCUGGAGCGUGAAUGUUACGAGGAGACCUGCUCUAGAGAGGAGGCGGCUGAGAUCUUUCAGAGCAACGAAAAAACUAUGGAGUUUUGGUAUCGAUAUAAAAGUACAAGUCAGUGUCAUAAAAACGUUUGCUAUAACGGGGGGAUUUGUACCAAAGGUGGAGGACAAUACGAGUGUGUGUGUCCACCUCGUUACAGUGGAAAACACUGCGAGACAGAGGUGUUUGAGUGUGGGUAUAAGAAUGGUGGGUGUUUUCACUACUGCAGCGACUCAGUUCCAGUCGGCCUGAGUGUGACCUGCGGCUGUGCUGAUGGAUAUGAGCUGGACGAGAAUGGAAAGAGCUGCAGAGCUGCGGUUCCGUUCUCCUGCGGAAAACAGUGGAUUCCGGACUCUUCACGGCGCACCUUACUGGACGACACCCUAAACGACACCCAAACAGUAGACGACCUCCCUGACCAUCCCACAAACCACACCCACUUCACCACAAACCACACCCACUUUACCACAAACCACACCCACUCCCUGGACAAUGCUACUCACCCACUGGACGACCCAUCGUUCCCUGACGACUCGUUAAACCGAAUCGUAGGCGGCCAGCGGCAGCCUCAGGGUGGGAGUCCAUGGCAGGUUCUGCUGCGCAGAAAGGAUGAGCGCGGUUUUUGUGGAGGAACGCUGGUUAGCGAGCGCUGGGUCAUCACAGCAGCUCACUGUCUACAGGAAACACCUGAUCAUGUGACCCUCGGUGACUACGAUAAGUUUCACCUCGACAAGGGUGAACUGAAAAUCAGAGUGGAAAAAACUAUAAUCCAUCCUCAUUUCCACGAAUUCACCUUCGACAGCGACGUUGCCUUGCUGUACCUGGCAGAACCUGCAGUGCUGAGUUCAGUCGUCUCACCUGCCUGCCUGCCCAACGCUCACCUGGCCAAUCGGCUGGAGCGAGCAGGGGAGCAGGGCCUGGUGACCGGCUGGGGGGCAGUUAGGUACCUCGGCCAAUCCUCACGCUACCUGCGGAAGGUGUCUCUCCCCGUGGUGGAGCAGCAUGGGUGCAUAGACUCGACCGAUCAGGUGAUCACGGACAACAUGUUCUGCGCCGGGUUCCCGGAGGCGGAGCGGGACGCCUGCACCGGCGACAGUGGUGGCCCGUUCGUGGUGAACUACAGAGGAACUUGGUUCCUGACUGGGGUGGUGAGCUGGGGAGAGGAAUGCGCAGCCAAGGGAAAAUACGGCAUUUACACCCGAAUUAGCAACUUCCUGUCCUGGAUACAAGAAGAAAUGAAGAAACAGGAAGGGGCCGUCAGGAUAAACACAACACAUCCUUAUAGCAGAUGAUGUGACAAACACACUUAUAUGAACACAGUCACACUGGAAACUCUGGAUAUUUUUAAUGGAAGUGGUUCGUCAAUGGGGCUCAGUUAGCAAUUGAGCUAUGACUGACUGCCCAUUAUUUAAAUUAAUUCUUGUUUUGGCGGUCACUGUACUAAAAUAAUCAUAUUCACAACUUCAUAACUUGUGUGCAAUCCUGCACUAAAUGGCUAUUCUAACAGUGCUUCAGGCAACACUCAGGAACACGUUCUGGAAAGGGCACCAACACAAUUUUUAUCCACAAAUCAUAGGAUGUUUUAAGACAUUUUAAAAUGACUGCUUGACAUUAAAGGCAAUGUUUAUGAUGGAUUAGAUUUAUAUUCCAGAAAGAAGGCUGAACUUAGACUAGUAGCUAAGAGGGCGAUCACAUUUUCCACCAGGGUGAUAAGCGUACCGCUGACCUAAAGGUCUGAGACGUAAAGAAAAAAAAAGGACGUCUUCAGUCCUUUAAGCGUUUUUCCUCAAUCUUUUGUUACUUGUUUGGAUAAGUUGCCACUAAGCACUUAAGGAGAUAUCAGCAGACCAGCUAUGUCUGGAGAAAUUCCUUAUUUCUAACUCAAAUUUAAAUAAAAAAAGGCUGCUACUGUGGUUUGGUAGCACUUAAAAUUGCUUUCUAGCUUUUUGCCAAAUCCUGGAAUAAAGUUUUUAGCCAUUUUAAAAUGACUGCUUGCCGUUAAAGGCAAUGUUCAUGAUGGAUUAGAUUUAUAUUCUAGAAAGAAGGCCGAACUUAGACCAUUCAUGUUUUGUAUACUGACCUGAAAUCAUUCAGUAUGAUUAACGUAAUAAGUCGAAAGGGGGGCACUAACUUUUUUAAACCACUGUACCAACAUUUUACAGUUCCAUUCCCCUGUGGAAAACAAUGAAAAACACACACCCAAAAACAUUACAGUAGCUGAUACUAUUCCUGUAUGUUUCGUUGUGCAUACACAAUGAAUGCAGACAGGAACCCACAUGGCUGUGCAGCACCCACUAUACCAACAGGCUGCCAUGCUUCCCUUAUUUAAAUAAUUAUAUUUAUGUUUUUAAGAGUGACACACAUGCACAUAAACAUUAAAAUAAGAUAACAUUUGCUCUAACAUAUUUUAAUCAACAAAAAUAAAACAUGAAAGAUUUAUUAGAGGUAUCAGAACAUGAAGUGCAGUCUUGCAGAAUGAUGUGGGUCCUGUUAUACCACCGUUUCACCAGCAGGUGGCGCCAUAUAAUGGUAUAAUGGCUGCGUCCCAUUUUUAUAAGUGAUUAAAAGCAAAUUUAACCUUUUGUACAAAUUAAUUGACAGUCAUUUUAACAAAUGUGUUCACUUGCUGUUCAGUAGUUUAAAAUGCUAAGGAAUUGUUAUUCUUAUUAUACAAAUAUUUGCAAUGAAACACGUUUUAAUAGCAGUCUGAGACUUUUGGCCUCUAAUUGCAUCUCCUUUAAAUUUACACAUGUGUAAAGUUGUAUAUGAUGAUUUUAUUUCUUCUAUACAAUCUUGUAUACUGCAACACAUGAAUUCUGCUGUCAAAUCCUAAGAAAUCAACUAAAAAAACCAUAAUGAUCCAAACCAAUGCACACUGCACAGCACACAACCUAAAACAUAAAUAAAUAAAACCACACAAUCCUUCAUUAAAUACAUUUUAUUUCAUGACCUAUAAACUAUUCAUAGUUUAGCUCAUGUUAUUUUAACACAGCUAUGUAAUUCUGUGUUAAUUAUUACACUUGUCAGUAUACCUACAGUACAUACAGUAUAUCAGUAACAGAUCAGUAACAGAUGAGCACAGGAUCACUGGUCCACAUAUAACAGUGUAGAGCUGUAUACAACUAAACUCUAUUAACCCUGUAGGGAUAGUACAGACAGUACAGACUGCAGUACAUGGAUUGGAACAGGAUCCACUGCAACCCUGACUAGAAUAAAGUGGUUAAUAAAGAUUUUUUUAAAAUGUCA